ACAUAGUGAGCCAGUAGCUGGAGUCCUGCUGUUCAGGCAGAGGGUGUGUCACAAAUAGAUUAGCUCCAUCUCACACCCUCCUAGGAAGUGAUUGCUAACAGGGAGUUUCUCUGCCACACAAACACUGCAGGCCAGCUGGCUUCCCUCUAACUCGCCCAAAGGGAUGGGAACCCAUGCCAGGAUCCUAUGAAAAGCUAUCCCUCAAACCCUCUGUGACCAAGGGAAGGUGGGCUGCAGUGGCCCAUGGAUUUCCUACAAGAAAAUGACACUCUUGAUCAGAUGGGUGAGAACAGCACAGGUGUGUCUGACUUGUACAAAACCACACAGCAGGUUAGUGACGCACGAAUUAACCUUUUAAAUGCGGGGGUACUGCAGAGGAAGAAUUAUUGGAGUGAUACUGAGCAUUCUAUGGAAAGGAAGUUUGUGUUCUGAUGUGUUACAAAUACACUGAGGGUUUGGAAGGAACAUUAAAAAAAAAACAUAUGUGACUGCUUAGUAACCUGACUGCUUAGGACAUGGAAGAAGGGAUAUAUCUAUCUAUAUAAAACAUUUUUUUUUUUUAAAUCAAUAAAUUAAUUACUAACCAGAAAAGUAAAAUACUAAAUAUAUCAUUUAGAUUUUGUGUCUGCUGAUGGCGGUCUCACUGUACUGCGAUUUGCAGAAAACAGAUGAAAGAAUCUGAAAUUUCAGGCCAAACUAGCAGAAUGGAAAAAAAGUUAGCCUAAAAUCAUAUUCUAAUGUGUUAAUUUUACACUAACCGUGGUGCAGUGAAAAGUGCUUGUGUGUGCGUUUUAAAAAAAAUAUAUAUGGGCAGAUUAUCUAGAUUUUAUUUAAAAAAAAAAAAAAAUUCAAAUAGGCACAGUGGAAGAAUUAUCUUAAUCACUUAUUUGUCCAGCUUGGCUAUGUUGGCCUAUAAUUUGCAGUUUCUUGAAUUUAUCGAAUUUGCCAAAGUUUUCAUAACUUUUUUCCACCUGUGUGUCCAGUUUGUAUACGAACACAGCUGUGUGUGCAUUUAGAGCAUUACAAUUUUUUUUGUUUCCUCAAUAAUUUUCUAAGACUGAAUAUAAUAUGGAAGAGAUUUACGUACAAUGAAAUAAAUAUGACCAAAAAUAAAUUCCUAUGGGUGUUUAAGCUAAACUGUGUAUUCAAAUAGAAUUUCAAGUUUUGGACCAAAAAUAUUCAAAGAUCGUUGAGUUGUAGAAUUGUUCCCAAUUUGGCUAUUGUGGCGUAAAAUGUGAAGUUUACUAGUAAAUAACUAAAACAGACAUUUUAAAAGUGUAUUCUUCCUCCAAACAGAUUCUCAAUAUUUGAUCACACUGUUCUAAUUGGAGGUGAAAUACCCCGUUAUAAAAGAACUGGGUGCAGAAAAUGUGACUGUAAUUUAAGGGAGUCUCUAGUCACCCUAUGUUCUUAUUUGGUUGCAGUAGAAGUAACCAAGGGACAUUUAGUGGAUCAAAUAAAUUAAAAGAAAUGAAGACUCAGCAAGAUGUCUGCCCGGGAAGAUAAGAAAAAAAACCAAAAAAAAAAACCCAACAAAAAACAAUCCAGUCAGCCUACUGUGUUGAUACCAUGGGGUUAAAUAGUAGAAAGGACCUUUUGUCAGGUUAUUUAUUGCCUGUGGUCAGAGCUGGAUUCAUUACCAUAUUAUCCUGGGGCACAAGAUGUCCCAUUGUUAUGCAGAGAUGUGCAUGCAUGCCAUUGACCAGUGUCUUUUUAUUUCUUAUUCAGAUAUAGUUUCCUUCCUGUCUGCCGAAAAAGGACUCCGUUGUCCAUAUAACAUUUUAGACUUUGAGCCGCUUUUGAGGAACUGCAGGAAAAUGUUCAAAACCUAUAGAUUUAGAUUUUUUAAAUUUUUUUUACAAUACCCUUAAUAAAUGUAUUGCGCUAGGUCCUGUUCCACCAUGUUGCGUUAUUCAUCUAAAAGUUAAGGAAAAGAUCUGGAAAAAUCUUUCAGUUGAAGACAGAUCACUCUUUUUAGAGUUCCAUUUAUCCCAGGCACAAUGAUGUAGUGUCAUAUCACAUCUCUCUCACUCACUGACUUAACAUGUCCAGGAUGAACACAACAGCUCACCACAUGGGCACAAUUAGUGUAUCAUUGUGUGAAGUUGAAUGAAGUCAGGGUAAAUGUGUUUAUAUGUCACCCUGUGACAGUGCUUGCUUGGGCAGGGCUGGAUUAGGAGCACGUUGGGCCUGGUGCCGAUGAUUAUAUUGGGCCUAAUUAGAGAAACCUUUUCAUAGAAAGUACUAUAACAAGCAUACCUCCAACGGGGAUCCAUACUGUCCCUUGGUUCCAAUUUAGUUCCCUGGUGUCCCACAUUUGGGGACACCAGGGAACUCUUUCCAGACAGCAAAGAACUAGGACUACCCGAGAGCGCUUCAGGAGAACUUUGUUCCCCUGUAGACCUCAAUUUAAUAAACUUUUCAAAUAUUCAUUACUGUUCGAAAAAUGUUCCAAAUUAUUAAUCUACAGAAAGCGCCCAGCUUGCCCAAGUAAAUCCGUGCAAAAAUGGCCCGGUGGGAUAUGGAAGAGAAGCUAAGAGCUUCAGGUAGGGGGGUCUCGCUGUUUGAUCAGAGGAAAGUAGUAAAUGCAUUUAUUUUUAACUUCUGAGUAUUCCUUUCAUGCAAACCCAACUGCCUAUAACAUCCGUGCACUUGUAUGAAAAGAUCUGUGGACAAUAAGUCUAGUGGGAUACUCAAGUAGAUCCCACAUUAUACACUUUCCAUGCUGAGAUUUAAUAUCCCGUGUCUAUGCAUGACAAUAUCUUACUACUCACACCUAUGGCUCAGGACUGACUUGGCACGGUUUCCACACUAGUGCUAAAUCUUUUAUCUAUAGCACUUGCCAAAUCAUUUAUUGUGUUUACAUUGGCACAUUGUGCUUCUUCCAUUCAAUUUACCAGCAUUCCUCGGUAGCGAAGUUGCUUUGGGUACUGAAAGCAAUUCUUGAACCUGCCAAAAACAAAGUAAUGCAAACUUGAUAGGAUGUAAAUAUUUUAACGAGCACUUUAAAGAAGAGGGAACCUGGACAUUUAUAUUAACAACAACAAUGUUCUGGCACUGUCAUUUUCAGAUAUCUUUCAGUUUGUGUAGUAGCCUUUUGCAACUGUCAUUAGUCUAAUACUAUCCUUACCUUUUGUGUCACUAUACCCCACUCCUUCUAGCAUGUAAGCUCAUCGAGCAGGGCCCUCAACCCCUCUGUUCCUAUGCGUCCAACUUGUCUGGUUUGUUCGUCCACCCAAUGUAAAGUGUUGCAAAUUUUUUUGGCGCUAUAUAAAUAAUAACAUAAUAGUAAUAAUGUUGAACACCUUUGUUGCUGUGCAGACAUACCUUUUUAGAUUUUACAAACUGAUGUAAUUUUAUAGGAGUCUGCUUUAUCCUGACUAUCUAGAGCUAGAUCCAUUGGUUUAAGUGUAAGUCUAGGAGUGGGAACACAUUUGCCCCAGCGAAAUCCCAGUGCAACCCUCUGCUUCCAUCUUUUCAUUGUACAAAAUCUUGGACAGAAAAUGAAGAAGUGAAACUUCAUUAUAACCUCUCAGGCUAGCCUCUUAGCACCAUAACUACUGCAAUAAACUGUAGGGAAUAUGAUGUUUGGAGUGUCCAUUCAGGCCCGUUGGAAAGCCCUGGAGAUUAAAAUAAGGUCCGUAUAUUCUCAUUGAUGUCAUAGCAAGUUAACUGAAGAUUUGUCACGAUAACCGCCUUCAAUUCCAUAGCACUUUGUAACUAGGGCCUAAAUCCUACAAUAAUAAACAAAGUGAGCUUUAUCUUUCUUGGUGGGAGUGUGACCUUUCUAGCUGGGAUGCAAACAGAUUAAGUUUUGUUGACCCUUAUGGGCAAAUUAACAUCAGUGUUUACCUAAAAGAAAGAUUGUCCUCCUUUGUCCCUCCAUGAACAGGUGUAUGUAUACCCAUUAAAUAAUUGUUUAAUAUUGGAAUAGUGAAGCAGUAAACAGGGUUUAGAAUAAAAGCUUAAUGGGACACUAUAGUCACCAGAACUACUGUAGCUUAAUGUAGUGGUUUUGGUGUCUAUAACCGUUCCAUGCAGGCAUGUAAGAGAAAUGGCAGAGUUUCAUAGUAUCACCUCUAGGAGCAGUCACAUCAGACGGCCAAUAGAGGUGCUUCCUCUAGUGAAUUGGCCGAGAUCAUGGAGGUGGGGCCAUCCGCGGCGACACUGGCAUGGCGAGAGGCAAAAGGUUAGUAAAAUCACCUUUUCAUUUCACUCAUAGCAGGGCUAGGGACCUAAACAGCCACUUUAGGACUAUAGUGUUAGUUACACGUUUGUAUUCCUAACACUAUAGGUGUGCUUUAAAGAACACCGCAUCUAGACCUCAAGCUAAAGAGAUGCCUUCUUCUCAUACUAAAUGUAACAAAUAUAAUGUGUGUAAAAGUUUACGUGAAACUCCAAAUUCCUUACCAUAUGCCUGAAUCAUGCAUUACACUUACAGGGUGAUAGAAAGUCUUUAUUUGCAGUCUAUGUGUAUUAUACAAUGCGAUAUGUUGACUUUGUUUUUUUGACGUUCUUAUUGCAGUCUCCACCCUGCAGUGUUUGUCCUUUCUGUGUCUCCUUUGCUGUGCAAAUAGUAUAGCUUCUGCUGGUAAUUCUGUUUGGUGCGUGCUCGAAUACCACAGUUUGGAAAAUGUAUGUACUGCUAAGAAGCCUGGAAGGAAUACAGUAACAAACUUAACAUACCUGAAAAUUUUGUGAGCUAGCUCUAAGGCCCUUCAGUAUAGUAAUAAUCUAUUUGCUAUACAGCAAGCAUGUCAAACUCAAAGGCUAGCACGGGCCAAAUAAACAAACAAGGUUUACGUUUAUGUGGGCUGUAAAAAACAAAACAAAAAAAAACUUAGGUUUAUUUAUUUUAUUUUUUUAAAACAGCAUCCCCUCCUCUACAAAACCCCAGCCCCCCCUCUAUACUAAAUCCCAGCCCCCUGUUUUAAAAAAAAAAAAACCCUAUUAGCCAACAAGUACGUAUCCGCUGCCAGUAUGCGACUCCAGAGUCCAGUAUACACCCAAAGACGCCAUCCACACCCUUUGCCAAAGUGGAUCCUCCCGCUACUACUUGAAACCCUGUGAAGGUGGAGCAUGUUGACGUCACGUCAGAGUGUGACCUGGCGUUGCCUGCCUCUGUGCACCUCCUGGUCCUCCACUGUCCAGCCACCGCCAUCACAACACUGAAAAACACUUUCCGUGAAACACACUCACGGACAGUCACACACAUUUACACAUUCUUGCACACACUCACAAACCAUUUUAUUUAUUGCUCCCUACUUUUGGGACCUGGUGUUGGGCCUGUAAUGAUAUUGAUGUUACAAAGUUUUGGAGUCCAGUAGCCAAAUCAGCAAUGUUUUCUGCCAGAGGUAGCCACUCGUUACCCAGGUGGUUGAGCCCCUGAGCCUUGAGUGGCCUUCUGGUCUUAAGCAGAGAUGGGAGACUGGAACAGAAAGAUGAUAAUCGUAGUCAGGCAAGCCGAGGUCAGUGGGAAGGAGAAGCAGCAAAGUCAAAACAGUCCAAAUUCAGCAACAGGAAGGAGAAACAGGAACACGCUGGAUUAGAGAGUACAGGAACCACAAUAAUCUGGCAAAGGUAAGAGACAGGAAGUGGCUUUUAUAGGCCAAGAACCAGACACCUGACUAGACACAGCUGAAGUGAGUUGUCACUGAUAACCUUGACUCUACAAGCAAUGGUAUCAGAUCUCAGGUAAAUUUGCAAAAGGCAGGCUGGUGUACUGGUAAUGAAAAGGUUUAGCACCAUGUAAACCAGGGUUCGAAACCCAGCAGAGUCAGUUCCUCACAUUACCUCCACCUUUACAGGCGCAGCCUCUGGAUGCCCUAUUUCCUGGUUUAGCAGGGUACUGUGCAUGGAAAGACUGAAGAAGAUCAGGAGCAUGAAUAUUGUCCACUGGUUCCCAUGAUCUAUCCUCCUCACCAUAGCCUUUCCAAUGAACCAAGUAUUGAAGUUUGUUGCGGAAGAUCCUGGAGUCAAGAAUUUUUUCCACCUCGUAUUCAUCUUCACCAUCCACGAGGACUGGUGGUGGGGCAGGCAAGGCUCGACCAGGGAAAGUAUUUUCAUGAAAAGGUUUAAGCAGUGCCACGUGAAACACCGGAUGUAUUUUCAUGGAAUCCGGAAGUUGCAGACGGAAGGUGACUGCAUUGAUCUGAGCGAUUAUCUUAAAAGGUCCCAUGAACUUUUGACCCAAUUUAUGAGAAGGAAUCCUAAGCUUAAGAUUCUUUGUUGACAGCCAAACCUUGUCACCAACAUGAUAAACUGGGGCCUCCUUUCUGUGCCUAUCAGCAGCUCUUUUGUAACAUUCCUGAGCCUCCGAAAGAGUCUCCUUCAACAGUUCUUGGGAAUCUCGUAAGGCGGUUAGCCGGUCAGUGACUGCAGGAAUGGGAGUAGUAAUUGGGAGACUCACUAGAAAGGUUGGAUGGUAACCAUAAUUGGCAAAAAAUGGGCUCAGAGAAGUGGAGCAGUGUUGGGCAUUGUUAUAGGCAAACUCCGCCGUGGGUAGAAAAUCCAGCCAGUCAUCCUGCAGGUAACUAAUAUAGCACCGCAAAUAUUGUUCUAAAGUCUGGUUGGUUCGCUCAGUCUGUCCAUUACUUUGUGGAUGAAAAGCUGAAGACAGAUUUACAUUAAUACCUAGAAUAGAACAAAAAUAUUUCCAAAAAUGAGAUGUAAACUGCACUCCCCUGUCAGAAAUUACUUCAUCAGGCACUCCAUGCAAGCGAAAUAUUUCCCGAAUAACAAGGUCAGCAGUCUGUUUAGCUGAAGGGAGACCACGAGCUGGUAUGAAAUGACUCAUCUUGGUUAACCGGUCCACAACAACAAGAAUAGUAGUGUGUUCCUUAGAGGGAGGUAGUUCCACAAUAAAGUCCAUGGAUAUAGAUCCCCAGGGACGAUGAGGAAUCGGAAGAGGCUGAAGCAAGCCAACAGGGGAUGAGCGAGGAGUCUUAUGUCUGGCACAUACAUCACAAGAGGACACAUACUUCUUAACAUCCUCAUAAUAUUUAGGCCACCAAAAGGAUCGGGUAAGUAGUUCUUGUGUCUUUCGGAUUCCUGGAUGACCUGCUGGUUUAGAGUCAUGGUAGAGGCGUAAAACGUCCAGUCGCACUGAUUCUGGAACAAACAGACGUUGUUGAAAAAUCCAAAACCCAUUAAGCAUGGUCAUAUGAAGAUCACGAGGAGGAUCACGAAAAACUGGAUCUUUAGAGUAGCCCUUUUUAAUGCGAGACAUUAGAUCAGAAGGAAAGGUAACUCCUAAAAAUCUGCUCUCCGGCAAGAUGGUGGCCUUGGUUACUGUAGUAUGGAGGGGGUCAGCUAUCCUAGACAAGGCAUCCGCCUUGCCAUUUCUGGAACCAGGGCGGUAUGAAAUAAAAAAAUUAAACCUUGAGAAAAAUAGGGACCAGCGUGCUUGUCUGGCUGACAGUCUCUUAGCGGAUUGGAUACAUUCCAGAUUUUUGUGAUCUGUGAGGACAGUAAUUGGAUGGGUGGCUCCCUCCAAGAGAUGUCUCCAUUCGGUGAAGGCAGCUUUUAUAGCCAAAAGUUCUUUAUUCCCUAUGUCAUAAUUUCUUUCUGCUGGUAACAUCUGGCGGGAAUAGAAGGCACAUGGAUGUAACAACAUCUUAGGUCCAGUCCUUUGAGAUAGUAUAGCCCCAACAGCUGAAUCAGAAGCAUCUACCUCUACAGUAAAUGGCAAUUCUGGCUGAGGAUGUACCAAGAUAGGGGCAGAUGUAAACAGAGUCUUUAAUCUGGAAAAUGCAGUGUCAGCCUUAUUGGACCACUGAAAAGGAGUCCCUUUACGUGUAAGUUCAGUGAUCGGUGUAAUAACGGCAGAGAAAUUCUUAAUGAAACGCCUGUAAAAAUUGGCAAACCCCACAAAUCUCUGUAUAUCUUUUUCAUUCUUGGGGAUGGGCCAGUCCAGCACAGCUUUAAUUUUACUUGCGUCCAUACUUAAACCUUUAGGAGUUAUUACAUACCCCAGGAACUGAAUUUCUGUUUGUUCAAACUCACAUUUUUCCAGUUUAAUGUAUAGGUGGUGGGUACGAAGGCGCUCAAGAACAAUGCAGACCUGUUUUCUGUGAUUUUCAAGAUUAUCAGAAAAUAUCAGGAUAUCAUCCAAAUAUGCCACAACAAACUGAUCCAGGAGAUCCCGUAGUACAUCAUUGAUUAGAUGCUGAAAAGUUGCAGGGGCAUUACAAAGCCCAAAUGGCAUUACUAGAUAUUCGUAAUGUCCGUACCUGGUUCUGAAAGCUGUUUUCCAUUCAUCAUUUGGUCUUAUGCGAACCAGAUUAUAUGCCCCCCGUAGAUCAAGCUUCGUAAAUAUUUUAGCUGAACGAAGUCUCUCCAGAAGUUCAGGAAUGAGAGGCAAGGGAUAACGGUUUUUAACAGUGAUUUUAUUAAUGUCCCUGUAAUCGACACAAGGCCGUAGACUGCCAUCUUUCUUUUCUACAAAGAAUAUAGGAGCUCCUGCUGGAGAAGUGGAUGGUCGAAUAAAGCCUUUGGCAAGAUUUUCUUGUAUGUAUUCACGAAGUGCUUUCAAUUCAGGCUCAGAAAGGGAGUAUAUACGGCCAAAUGGGAUAGCAGCUCCAGGUAGCAGCUCUAUGGGGCAAUCAUAAGGCCUGUGAGGUGGAAGCUGAUCAGCAUUCUUCUUAUCACAGACAUCUGCAAAAUCCUGAUAUUGUAGCGGAAGCUUAGUUAAGUUUGUAGCAACCAUUUCAUUAAUUGUUGUGGUAACAGGUGUCGCCUUAGAGGGUUGACAAUUCAUUAAGCAGUGUUCUGAAGGAAAGGACAAAGUUCUAGUCUUCCAAUCAAUCUGUGGGUUAUGCAGAGCAAGCCAGGGUAUACCCAAAAUCACUGGAAACUGUGUUGAGGAAAUUAGGUGGAAAGAUAUAGACUCAUGGUGAUUCACUUCCAGAAUCAAUUUUAAGGGCACAGUCUCAUGUGUAACCGGGCCUGACGUAAGUGGAGAACCGUCUACUGUUUCCAUUAACACAGGUGAAGAUUUAGGGAUAGACUGAAUUUUAUUUCCUGCUGCAAAUUUAAUGUCCAUAAAGUUUCCUCCUGCUCCGGAAUCUAUCAUAGCUGUAGUUGAAAUUGUAUUAUUACCAUAUUGCAAAGUGAUAGGCACCACCAAAUGAGGAUGUUGAGUCAUCAUACCUUCUUCACCCUGAGCCAGAGAAAACAAGGGUUGUGUGACAGAAUCCAGUUGGUCUGAAAUCUGGGAUUGGUGUUGAAUCUGUGCACCCUCAGCAGUCAUAGCUAUUGUUCUUUUAGACUUGUUAGGGCACUUGAUGGCAUAAUGCCCUGCACUACCACAAUACAGGCAUAAGUUGUGAGUGCGUCGCCACUGUUUUUCUUCAUUGGAUAAUGGCCCUCUUAUUAGAUCUACUUGCAUAGCCUCAGGUUCAGAGUCUGUAGGUGUUUGUGGGGUCGGAGUAGAAAUUCUUGAAUAGAAAGUAGGAGUAGCACUUGGUUUAAAAGAGCCCUGUCUUUCCAAUCUUCUUUCUGAAAGUCUCCGAUCAAUACGGAUAGCCAACCGCACAAAUGCAUCAAACUCAACAGGAAGAUCAACACGAGCUAGCUCAUCUUUUAUAGCUUCUGAGAGACCCCUUCUGAAGUGGAACCUCUGGGCUGAUUGGUUCCAAGUAGUAUCAGUAACCCACUGUCUGAAUUCAGCAGCAUAUUCAGCCACAGAGCGCCUCCCUUGAUGUAAAUGAAGGAGAGUGGCUUCUGCUGUAGCACAGCGAUUGGGAUCAUCAAAAACUAGGCACAUGGCCUCAAGAAAGUCUUUUAAAUUUCCCAAGAUUGGACUGUCCUGUUCCAGAAAAGGGGAGCCCCAGGCCAGGGCUUCAUCUUUGAAGAGGGAAAAAAUAAAUCCCACCUUCUCUCUUUCAGAUGGAAAACGGUUAGGUAACAUCAUAAAAUGCAAACGGCAUUGAUUUAGGAAACCCCUGAAUUUUUUGCGGUCUCCUCCAAAUUUUUCUGGUAGAGGCAAGCGGGCAUCUUGUGCAGGUGUAACAGUAGUAGUAGCAGCAGCCGCAACAUCAUGUGCCCUGUAGCUGGUAAGCUCACUAUGCAUUGAUCGAACUUCAUUUUGCAGUUCAGCUACCUGAUCCUGCAGCACUUGAAUGGUCUGUGCCUGGGUCUGCAUAGUUCUUGCAUUAAAAGCAACCUGCUGGGCCAAUGCAGAAUCUGAUCCGACGGUCUCCAUGAAUGGGCCAGAUUAUUCUGUAAUGAUAUUGAUGUUACAAAGUUUUGGAGUCCAGUAGCCAGAUCAGCAAUGUUUUCUGCCAGAGGUAGCCACUCGUUACCCAGGUGGUUGAGCCCCUGAGCCUUGAGUGGCCUUCUGGUCUUAAGCAGAGAUGGGAGACUGGAACAGAAAGAUGAUAAUCGUAGUCAGGCAAGCCGAGGUCAGUGGGAAGGAGAAGCAGCAAAGUCAAAACAGUCCAAAUUCAGCAACAGGAAGGAGAAACAGGAACACGCUGGAUUAGAGAGUACAGGAACCACAAUAAUCUGGCAAAGGUAAAGAGACAGGAAGUGGCUUUUAUAGGCCAAGAACCAGACACCUGACUAGACACAGCUGAAGUGAGUUGUCACUGAUAACCUUGACUCUACAAGCAAUGGUAUCAGAUCUCAGGUAAAUUUGCAAAAGGCAGGCUGGUGUACUGGUAAUGAACAGGUUUAGCACCAUGUAAACCAGGGUUCGAAACCCAGCAGAGUCAGUUCCUCACAGGGCCUCUCCCUGGGGUCAAGUGGGGAUCUUCUCUUUGGAGAUCUCCCUCCUGCUCCCUCACUGCUCCCUCACACACACAGUUUAGUAAUGCUGGGCCGGAAUCAUGUCAUAUUCCAGCACCCGACCGGCAUCACUACAGAGGGCGUGCACGAGGGAGGAGUGAAGAGAAGGAAGAACAGACUGAGCUCCCUUGCUGCCUACAGCGUCCUCUCCCCCGACCCGGUAAAGUUUAGCAGAGUAGGCACCUGCAAUGUGGGGAGAGCAGGUGCCUACUCUGCCUUAACAGCAAGCUUGUCAAACUCACGGGUCGCUAGGCCGCAAAGAUAUUAAUUAUGGGCCGCGAGUUUCACAUGCUUGCUGUACAGCAACUGGCAAAUUAGUUACAAUUGAUCCUCAUUCACUUGUUCUAGUUACUUAAUGUUUUUUAUUAGAAUAGAAACAAAUAACUUUGUAAGCCAUAUUACUUAAUUGUUCUGUAUAAAGGACCACUAAAGUCAUCCCAGCUACUUUAUCUCAAUGAAAUGAUCUAGAUGUAGAGGCCAUGUAGUUUAAUUAGUUUAAAACAUUGAAGUUUUGUGGAAACUGCAAUGUACACACUUCAGGGUCAACACUUCUUCCAGAGAGCCACUAGAGGUGCUUCCGCAUUGAGAACCGAAUUAAACUUGAUUCUCAAUUAGCAUUUGAUUGGCGCAACACAGAGAAAUACGGCACAUGCGUUUGAGCAGGUUCCUCAUCAACCUAUUUGAAGCUUUGUUGCUUCUAGUAAUUGAGAUAAGGAGCUGAAAACUCCAGAAGAUUUUGAGAAACUGAAACACAGGAUGUGUUGGUGUCAUUUGUAAGAGUUUAUAGCUCAAAUAUGACACGACCGACCUCUGAAUGCAAAGUGGCCUUGAUUUGGAUAUGAAGUUUUGAUUCCCUCUUCUAUUAAUGCUUAGAAGGUGACUCAUGUGUUUCUUACAACGUAGUGAUUUACAGGGUCAUUGUAAGCCCCAACACCACUUCAGUUUUAUGAACUGGUUUUGGUACACCAUGCCCCUGCAGCUGGGUUCUCUGCUGUUUAGCAUUUAAAUGAAUUUAUGUUUGCAGUCCUGGCCACACUUUCCUUGCCUAUCAAUCACACAGCCUUCGUUCAGCCUUCCUAAAAUAUUUCACCCUAUCUCAUGUUCAGCAAAGUGUUUGUUAGGAUUUGCAGUGCAGUUGGUCCUUCUGAGAGAUGUGAAGCAGUGAGAUAUUGUGCCCUGCCGUCAGCCUCCUGUGUGAGCUAAGAUGAGGAUCUCACACAAAGACAGAAGAAGCACGAGGGGUGCCAGGGGACAAACUGGGCUAGAGCCCCGAGUGGGCCACCGAAAAGCACCUGGACUAUAAUAUGUAAUGUAUUAUUAUUUGUCCUGGGGCUGGUUGGGAAUUCAGGGUCUUUGUGUACAUCGCACAGAUUUAUGAAUGCUUGUCCGGACCACUGGCAGUUCUGCUGGGGGGAGUUAAAAUAAUUCCGGAGCCAGCAUGCCCACUUUGCUUUGUUCUCUAUCUCCUCCUCACCCUUACUGUGUGUAGUGGUGCUGAGUUGUAGCCCCUUUCAAUCUUAACAGCCUCAGUCUCUGGUUUGUGCUGGUGGCUGUGUGAAGGGGUCAGGCACAUGAUGGAUAUCAUAUUACUGCUCCCCAGUGUGGCCAUGAACUGGCUUUCUAGUGAUAAGGCUGGGCUUAUUGACAGCUCAGCACAUAUAUCAGGAGGAUUCUGCCCAGCUCAGCCACGCUACACAUUAUAAGAGGUAGGUCAAUUACAAUAAAAAAUGUAAUACAUCAGGAAGAACGUGUGUCUACCAAGUAGAAGCAGUAAAAGUUUCAUUAUUGAGAAGCUCUGUGAAACACACAAUAGAACUAGAUUUUAUGGUUUAAUACAUUUUUUUCUAUUCGAAUGUUUGUGGAAUAAAAACUCCAUUCACGUUCAGCUAAUAAGUAGAAAAAUCCCAGGCACUCACUGCGAAUUGUAUGCAGACAGAUUUAUUGCAACGUUUCGACCUGUCAAGGUCUUUAUCAAGCUAGAUUUAAAAUCUAGCUUGAUAAAGACCUUGACAGGUCGAAACGUUGCAAUAAAUCUGCCUGCAUACAAUUCGCAGUGAGUGCCUAGGAUUUUUCUGUUUGUAUAUAUUCUUUGGGUUUUUGCUGACCCAUACUCAGUAGCACCCUGGACUGAAUUGCUGUGGCUGAGUGCGACCCUAUCCCUUUCUUUCUGUUCAGCUAAUAAGUGACUGAGCUUGUUUGGCGUCGUAUUCCACCCAAGUUUGUGAGCAAGAUGUUGCAUAAUUCUGCAAGUGUAUCUGCUGCUGUGUAUUUGAAUUGCCACCAACCUCAGACAGGCACUAGCUGAGCAUUGUGGAAGUUUCUGUCCAACAAAACCAUCCCUUCAUUGAGGUGUGCAAUAAGUACAAACGGUAAUUAUCACAACACACCAGAUAAACGUGACAAUAGGAUCUUCCUGCAGAUUGCUUCACCAAACACUCAAAACCAAUAAAGACUAAGAAUAUAUGUUGUUUUACAGAACCCUUUGUCAGUUUUAUUUUACCUGGAUAUUGAAUUCUUAGCCUUACCGCCAGAGGCUGGUAUUUAAUAUGUUUUAGGUUAUUUUUGUAUAUAUUUUCUUAGUUCUUAUUAGUGUGUACUGGGCAUACCUCUAGUGCAUGACUAUGGCUUUAAGAGAAACUGUGACUUUAGCUGGCCCAAGUGAACACUGAUAAGGCACUUACUCAUCAGAGCUAAUUCUUAAACAAGCUUUCUUCAACAGCACCUGUGUCCUGGGCGACACUAUUACCCAUUAAGCAACUGGAGUGUUCGUGUGUUCUCAGACAUCUGCAUAGAGCAUGCGUGUCAAAAUGGUAGAUCCCCCCCCCCCCAGAUGUUUUAGAACUACAGCUUCCAUGAUGCUUUGUCAUUCGGAAGGCAUUCUAAAGUCAAGCAAAGCAUCACUGGAGUUGUAGUUCUACAACAGCUGGGGAUCUACUUUUUGGGCAGCCCUGGCUUAGAGAAUGCUGCAAGCACAAUGAAUGUUAAGUUAAACUGGAGGUUUUACUUUAUGGUUUAUUUUUCUGUCUCAUAGCAAAAUCAUACUGCAUUCUAACCACGUCUGUCUGUUUUAGUUAUGUCUUCACGAAUUAAGCAAUGUCUCUCGAAUAUAUUGUUUUGUUUGGAUCUAUUUUCUACAUUAUCUCCAUACCAUAGUGCAUUAAAAAGCCAAAUUAAUUCCCACAAGGUGCAUCCAUUUAAUGUUUUAUUCAACGACUAUUGGGAUUUUAUGUAGAACAUAUAUUUAGAAUGUUCAUUAAAACCCAAACAAUAAUGUGUUGUUUAUGAAUUGUUUUACAUUUAAAAGGAAAACACAACUAAUAUAAUUUCCUAUAAAUGCCCAUUUCUCUGGUUAGUUGUAUCGGUUGUCCCUAUAACUUUGUUCGUUUCUUUUCAGAAUCAAAUCUUUGGCAUUAUUUUGUCAAUCGCUGGAAGCUUCCUGAUCAGCAUUUCUCUUAAUCUGCAGGUAAUAAAAUAAUGAAUGUGAUUGUGUGAUCAGGAAAUGCAGACAUCAGAGUACCCUGCAAUGUGGGCAUCAGAGUACCCUGCAAUGUGGGCAUCAGAGUACCCUGCAAUGUGGGCAUCAGAGUACCCUGCAAUGUGGGCAAGACUUGUAGAGUCCGCUCCUCUCUAUAUAAUUAUGUUUACAUACUUAGAAUAUUUCACGUGUAAAUGCAGAGUGUGGCCAUCAGAAAGCCGGCUUAUAGAACAGCUCAUGUGGCAAGCACAGACCAGCUUUGAUUUUCCAGAAAGAGUUUUAGUUGCCUUUUUUUGUCUCUUUUUUUUUUUUAGUCUUUAGAGUCAAGUUAAUACAAUUAGGUGUAUGAUUUUAUUUUUUGUAUUGAUUUAUUAUUAUAUCACUGUGAUGUUGAUGAAUAUUUAUCUUCUUAAAUAUUUUUUUUUUCAUGUGCACACCUAUAUUUACAUUAUUAUUUACUUAUACACCUAUAUAUCUCACAGGUAACAUUGUAACUACGUAUGCACAAGUACAUUAUUCACAUCAGACUGCUUCCCCUGCAAUGAGUUAGGCUGACUGCUGUCUCCUGAGAACUUGUUCUAAUAUUAUGUGAAUUGCCACGAUCCUUGCUAGUUUGAAUUGUUGUAUAGCAGAAGCAGUAGCAGCUGCGCAGUUAUAUCCGCUUAAGUAAACAAGCUGAUUCCAAUGAAGGAAAAUAGCAAACAAUGAAAUACGGAUAUAGCGCUAAACUGAAUCUAUACAGGCAGCAGACACUGAGAAUAAUGUUCCCUCCUCACCCAAAACAUAUACAGAAAACUGUAACAAAGAAACCAGUAGACAUGUGCAAUUAGUUUCGUUCUGAAUGCCAAAUUGCAAGAAUUUCGGACAUUCGGAUUCUUCCGAAUGUCCGGAAUGCCAAACCGAACCAAAUUUUUUUCCCGUGCACAUCCCUAGAAACCAGAUUGCACCUAGCAGAAAUUCUCGUAUGUAUGUAUAUACGUGUGUUUAUGUGUGUGUGUGUGUGUACGUAUAUGUAUAUGUGUGUAUGUAUGUAUGUGUAAUAUAUAUAUAUAUACAAUGACAAGAGGGAAAAGCCUGAAUCUUUGUUAGUAUCUUGGUUUUUCUUUUUCCAUACUCCUCAGUUGUGUAUGUAGGGUAAAUAUAGAGAAUGUCCAAUGUGGUAGUGUGUCAGUACAAAUGGAUAGUAAAGAGAGGGACAAAAAUUGCUCUCACAUUCAGUAGAGCUUCAUACAAGCUCUUAUAUAACCAGUGAAUGUCCGUACAAUCCCCGCUCAGGAUAAUGGUCCUCAGUCUUUCAGUGUGAGGGAUAUUGAAAUAAAUAAACACAAAUAGAAUACUGAUCAUGUAGUAAUUUGAGCCAAUGGUAUGGUUAUGAAAACACAGAGAAAACGAGGCAUUAUAUAAAUAUAUAUGAGAAUUUAUGUUCGGCGCAACAUGGUUUCUUUGUUAUAUGAUAUGAAUGAUGGAGUUUAAGACUGUCAUGGUGUUCUGAUUAUCCUUACAAAAAAAAGAGUUGCUUGGGCUUCCUAAGUAAAGGGCAGUCACUGGCAUAAAGCAAGACUUUAAACAAGGCAAUGACAAUCAGAAUAUUUGAUUUAAACGGUUAUGAUUAUUGUUAUUAUUACUGAUAUUUUUAUAGCGCCAGCAUAUUCUGUAGCGCUUUACAAUAUUAUCAAAGGGGGAGAUUUAACAAUAAAUUACACAAUUACAAAAAUUUACAGGAACAAUAGGUUGAAGAGGGCCCUGCUCAAAUGAGCUUACAGUCUAUAGGAGAUGGGGUGUAAAACACAACAGGACAGGAAAUAGCAAUCAAACAAGGUGGGAAUGAAGCAGAGGUGGAGGAGAGAAUAGAGUGCUGCCCUUUAGGAGAGAGCAAUGGACAGAUAUGUGAGGUAGAGGUUACUCUGGGAGGCCAUAAGCUUUCCUAAAGAGAUGGGUUUUGAGGCACUUUUUCAAUGAUUGACCCCUUCAGUCACUUACCAGAGGCAGCGACAUGUCCCACGUCGCUGCUCCUCCUGCCGCCGCUCCUCCCCUUCAUUACGUCAGCCGGCGGGGGAGACUGAUCCCGCCCACCAGCUGGUGAGACCUAAUGCGCAUGCGCGGCAAUGCCGUGCAUGCUCAUUAGACCUCUCCAUAGGUAAGCAUUGAAAAUGCUUUUCAAUGCUUUCCUAUGGGGAUUUUAGCGACGUUGGAGGUCCUCACACGGCGUGAGGACGUCCAGCGACUCUAUAGCACAGGAGUUAACCAGGAAGUGCCCUGUAGUGGCUGUCUAAUAGACAGCCACUAGGGGAGGACUUAACCAUUAAAACUGCAAUAAUUCCAGUUGCAGGGUUAAGGGUAGUGGAGUUGGCACCCAGACCUCCAAUGGGCAGAAGUGGUCUGGGUGCCUGGAGUGUCCCUUUAACUUACCCUGGAAUUGUCAUGUAUUGAAAAAUUGAUUUCUGUGCAGCUAAACAGGAUAUGUGCUUUACAAAUUAAAUGCCUGUUACUUGCUGAAUGAACAAAUCGAUUUUGUUAGUCCAAUGAUUAGCAAAAUGGGAUUUGUAUACACUAUCUAGUCUAUCGAAAACCGAAUUGGAAGAAUUUGGAUAAUAAAGCCCAAGCUUUGACUGAAUUGUAGCUGCAUUGGAGAUUAUUAUUUUUUUCUUAAAUCAUCUGGUUUUUACAAUUUGUUUUCUAGUUACAAGUUUCUAUUUCAGCUUCAAGUUUCCAUUUUGUUUUUCUAUUCACUACAAUUAAGAUUAUCAUUCUAAAGAUCAGCUGAGGUUGACUUAGACAUUUAAGAGAAGUACUGAGAAUCUUAACCAAGAUUUCAUGGUAUUUACACAUUUCUACUGGAGACCCAAGAAAUCUUUACAGAUACUAUAUAUAAAGAGCUAGCCAGAUAGUAGAGUGCUGCACCCCCGUAUCUUAAUACCCCGGAGCUCCGUGAGGGGCGUCUGCUAGCUCCCAAUAUAACACCAGAAAUAUAGAGCCACAGGCUGCACAGCGCACGGUGAAGAAUAAGGUAUAUUUAACUAUGGUCCAAAAGACAAAACAAAGAUACAACGAACAUGAUGAAGGCCUCACGGACGACAUGCUGUAUAUCUGUUUUAUCUUUUGGACCUCAAUUAAAUAUACUUUACUCUUCAUCCGGCAAAGUGUAGCCUGUGGCUCUAUACCUCUACAUGUAAAGAACUGGUAAGAUUUUUCGGCCAACUAAAUAGCUACAACUGUAGGACAUAGUGAGAGGUCAAUGGCCAUGACAAAAUCUAAAAGACAGGGGUAUUCCCUAAACACUGAAUUGUAUUCAUCCCUGGUAGAUACAUAUUUGUUUCUAGAAUUUUUGUAAAUAGAAUAGUCAGUCUUUUCAUUUGUGAGUGGAUAGUAGGGACGUGUGGGUUUCUAGUCUGUCUACAAAAUUGUUCAAAAUCUUUAAAUUCUGUUGAUGCUGACAAAUGCUAAAUACCACGAAUAAUUACCAGAGGGAUUAACUGUUCCCUUGGUGUUUGCAGUUAGGGGCGAGGUACUAGGACUCGAAUUUGCUGUUUAUAUCAAUAACCUAUGUUGAAUGUUUUUACAGUUUUUAUGUUUGUUUUAUAUGAAAAUUUGCAGCUAUACCUCCAUACCAAUAUUAAAGUGGGUGUCUUUGAAGACUCUCACCUGCUCUAACCAAAUGUGUAUUAACAAAGUGUCUCCAAAACCCUUGCCUUAACCUCCGCUUUGUGCUUCCUAAGCUGCAUUUACUAUUCGGAGAACGAUCGUAGAAUCUUAUCCCAAAUAUACAAUGUAAACAUACCAGGGAACUAUGCAGCUUCUCCUCCAAAUAGAUGUUCCUCAGUGCGUCAUUCUUCUUGUACAGGAAAUUGACAGCAUGUGGCAUGUGUAUAUAUCUAUUUGCAGGUCUGCGGUGUUAAUCAAUGUUUAAGUGCAAGAUAAAGCAUCCUUGACGUAAAAACCCAAGGGCAGAGUACAGAAUAUUUGAUAGAGUCCUAACCUCAACAUAUGAGGAAAGGGAUUUAGGGGUGAUUAUUUCUGAUGACUUAAAGGUAGGCAGACAAUGUAAUAGAGCAGCAGGAAAUGCUAGCAGAAUGCUUGGUUGUAUAGGGAGAGGUAUUAGCAGUAGAAAGAGGGAAGUGCUCAUGCCAUUGUACAGAACACUGGUGAGACCUCACUUGGAGUAUUGUACACAGUACUGGAGACCGUAUCUUCAGAAGGAUAUUGAUACCUUAGAGAGGGUUCAGAGAAGGGCUACUAAACUGGUUCAUGGAUUGCGGGAUAAAACUUACCAGGAAAGGUUAAAGGAUCUUAACAUGUAUAGCUUGGAGGAAAGACGAGACAGGGGGGAUAUGAUAGAAACAUUUAAAUAUAUAAAGGGAAUCAACACAGUAAAGGAGGAGAUUAUAUUUAAAAGAAGAAAAACUACCACAACAAGAGGACAUAGUCUUAAAUUAGAGGGACAAAGGUCUAAAAAUAAUAUCAGGAAGUAUUACUUUACUGAGAGGGUAGUGGAUGCAUGGAAUAGCCUUCCAGCUGAAGUGGUAGAGGUUAACACAGUAAAGGAGUUUAAGCAGCGUGGGAUAGGCAUAAGGCUAUCCUAACUAUAAGAUAAGACUAAGGACUAAUGAAAGUAUUUUGAAAAUUGGGCAGACUAGAUGGGCCGACUGGUUCUUAUCUGCAGUCAAAUUCUAUGUUUCUAUGUUACUCUAAGCAACGUAAGCACUGCAACUCUCUAUACUGUAAUUUAAUGUUAAACUGUUCAGAAGUUGUUUGACAUCUUCCCUGCAUACUGAGACCACCACCUCUCCCGCCACACUGAUAAUGGGGAAUUAAAACUUCUGUGUAAUCAAUGUCCGUUUCAUCCAACCUGGACUGCAUUGGUAGGCUUAGAAUUCUUAUUUAGAUUAUUUGGAUAGCACAGCAAUUUCAGCCAAUUAUUAUAUCAAUGCGGCCGAGAUGGUGGACUGGGAAGCUUUGACAGUUUAUGUCAAACCAUUUGUAAAAGGUUUGAUAUUAAAUCUAAGGUGAUGCCAGGAUUCUCCAAGCACCAUAAUCGCUACAAUGAUCUUUAUUACUUACAAUUCCCCUUUAAUUGUUACUUUCAGUAAUAAAUAGAAACUUGUCACAAAUAUGUACCUUGUCUCUGUAGUUAAUAACACUGUUCCAGCUGGUGGACUUGCCAUUUAAUUCCCUCUGAUGUAAGCGAUAAAUAAUUUUCUAGCUACUGGAGCCUGUAAUGAAUCUCCAUUCUCCCGGGAUUUGCAAAACCUAGAUGGCACUAAAUGGGAUUCUAACUCGAUAUUCAAUGUGCAUAAUUUAGAAAAUGGUAAUAAGGUGAACAUCUAACAUGCAUGUCACAACCGUAUCAUUUUCAGAAAUAUACGCAUCUUCGACUAGCAAGACAACAGGAUCCUAUCCCUUACUACAAAAGCAAGCUAUGGUGGUGUGGAAUCAUUGUGAUGGGCAUCGGAGAACUGGGCAACUUUGCAGCGUAUGGAUUUGCCCCGGCAACACUUAUUGCACCAUUGGGAUGUGUGGCCGUUAUAGGUAAGUACUAUUUGAAUUGGAAUCUGAAUCUUUUUAUUUACUGAACUAUGGAUAUUCAAUCAUAAUCACAGCCAGUCAUUGGCUCUAAAGCCUCACUGGUUCCCAUUCUUAAAAUCUCACGAAGACCAAUUUAGAUGAAUCAUCAUUGGUUGACUUCAUUUAUAUACUGCUUCUAGGCUAGAAGGAUUAUUCAGAGAAGAUAAAUGUUGUGAGUUCAAAGUGAUAUUAGGCCACAAGAGUACAAUCAGAAGCAUUCUCCAGCCCAGCUAGAUAUUUAUUAAAUACAAAUGUAAUUUUUUAUUUUUUUAAAUAUACCAUGGACCGCUGAGCAUGGAAUUGAGAGCAUGCUCUGACAGGAUUCAUUACAUCAGUGCUGGGUGCGCCAACAGAGAGACGGUAUAUGAUGUAUUGUUCUAUUCCUGCCUCCUCCACAAAGCACCCCCCGCGCCUAGCAUAAAGAGUCCUGAUUACCUCAGAGCUCUCACCCAUAUGGCUCUCUGCAAUGUUUCAAAACACGACAGGGGAAACAUGGGCACAUAGCUACUAGGAGGGAUAUGGGUAGGUAGCAACAAGAAAAAUGGGAUAUAGACACAAGGGGAGACUUGGGAACAUGGGCACUAGAUGGGUCAUUGGAUACAUAAUGUGGAUCCUGACAACCCAGACACAAAGGGCACAUGGGGACAUAGAAGGGCAUGUUCAAUGCAAGUGGGAAUGGAAUUAUUUCGGUUUGGGGGAAGGUGAGGUAAUUAAAUGGCUUCAUUUGUAAGUGACUCAGACAUCACAAAAUCUAGAGCCUCCUCUGAGUGAUACAGCUUAUAAUGUACUAAAUAGUUGUAUUGUAACACUCACUCACAAAAAGAAAACUUUGUAUGACCUUUAUAGAGAUUUAUUCAGCUUUCCACUGUUUCAGCGCUGCUUCAUGUGUGUUACUCUUCUUGUAACACCCACCUCCAAUCCUCCAGCUAUCAUCUUUGAUAUGCCAUCCUUGAGGACGCAGUCCCAAGCAGGGAAACCCUCCUCAGUGACGUUGGCACGCCUGCAUCAUUGUCACGUCACUCUGUUCCUGUUCUUGGGAGAACAGAAGGACAUCCUGUGGCAAUACUUUUCUGCUCUCCCUUGUCAGUCAAUCCUAUCAGUAUUCAGUGUCUCCCGAGGCAUUGAGAGAAAAAAAAAAAUGUAAACAGGUUUUUCUCCCAGUCUGUACAUUUGUUAGCAAAAUGUAUAGAUUAAAAGUUAUGCUCUUUCAAAAGAAUGUUUAAAAAAUUCAAGUACAGAUACUUUCUAAGGUCAGGUAGAAUCUUUAAAGGAGCACUAUAGUUCCAGGAAAACAAACUCGUUUUCCUGGCACUGUAGGGUCAUUAGGUCCCCCCAAACUCAGGGCCCCCCUCCUGCUGGCUUUCUCCAGCGCCGGGCUCCCUCUGUGCUGGGGAACUCUCCACCCCCUGCCGACAUUAGAUCCGAAUGCGCAGCAAGAGCCGCGUGCCCAUUCAAACAGCCCAUAUGAAAGCAUUACUCAAUGCUCUAAUAUAGACGUCCUGUGUCUUCUCACUGUGAUUUUCACAGUGAGAAUCACGAAAGCGCCUCUAGCGGCUGUCAGUGAAACUGCCACUAGAAGCUGGAUUGAGCCUCAGUGAAACAUAGCAGUUUAUCUGAAACAGUUUUUAGCUGCAGGGUUAAAACUAGAGGGACCUGGCACCCAAACCCCUUCAUUAAGCUGAAGUGGUCUGGGUGCCUAUAGCGGUCUUUUAAGUGAUGAAGUGUAGGAAAGUACCUCACAGAAGCUGGAGGCACUAGGUUCCAAGGUAUACAUUGUAGCUUUCACAUACUAAAAUUCUAUGCAUUUCUGUGUGCAAUAAGUUGGUGAUAGCACACAUUUAAUGCCAGUUGCUUAUCCAGUGUCCAUCUCCGCAGUCCAUUGAGUGAGUUGGACAUUGUGACUAUAUGGGCCUGGUGUCUCUGGCCCUGAAGGUGGACUAGUUCAGGCCUAGUAUCGCCCGUGGGAUUCUUUGCAUUAGCCCGUACUUUUCCCGCUAAUGAACACAGCGUCUUUCCUAGCUGGCGAUUCAGCUGAAAGCAAUACGGUCCUAGCAUCUCUGUUCCUGAAGGUGUAACAGUUCAGACCUUGUUUCACCUGUGGGAACUAACGCAAGCGCGCCUGGUGAACUUCUACCCUGAGAGCUAGGACUCUGGUACUUGAGUCGCUAAUCCCCCGGCAAAGCAGGACACACUGCAGAGUUGCUCCGGGUAUUACAGGAUAUGCUAUCUAACUAAAAACUGCUAGGAAUUCUCCUAUGAGCAAUCUCACUAUAGCAAACCAUAGAUAGUUACAACACAGAGAGGAUAAAGCUUCUUCUUGAUGUAAAAGCAAGCAGACUCUUACCCCCCCAAUCCUGUGCCUGCUGACCUUGUAAUGUGCCAAUCUGCACAUAGAGGAUCUUCAGUUUCCUCUACCCAGACUGACAGGAAGUGUUAUCACUGCUAGCACUUCCUGUCAGUCCGGAUAGAAAAAACUAAAGAUCCUCUACCCUCAGAUCAACACACUACAAGGUCGGCAGGGACAGGAUUGGGGGGCAAGAGUCUGAGAAACAUGGAAGUGUGUAGGGGAGUCUGAGACACAUGGAGAUGGGAGAAGGGGAGUCUGAGACACAUGGAGAUGGGGGAAGGGGAGUCUGAGACACAUGGAGAUGGGGGAAGGGGAGUCUGAGACACAUGGAGAUGGGAGAAGGGGAGUCUGAGACACAUGGAGAUGGGAGAAGGGGAGUCAGACACAUGUAGGGGAAGGGAGCGGGGGAUAGACACUACAAGAACUAGCAGUAGGGGAGCGCUUCCCCUCUUACCAGUAACCUGCCGAUCGCUCCCCCAGGCAGUUCUUGCUGACGAUAUCAUAAGGCUCUAUUAAAAUUCACCUGCUACUUCUGUCAGCUAACAGAAGUAAGAAGUGAAUUUCCCCAGCUGUUUGACACCUGGGGACAUGUUUCUAUUUUGAAAUUGUCACUCUUCUAAAUGGUUAUUUAAAGGGAUACUCAACAGCCAUAUAGCAAUUCAACAAGGUGCAGUGUUCUAUGGGUGUGGCGUGGUCCUUUAACACAAUUUUUAGCUUGCAGACCGUUAUAGGAUUACAUCCAGUGCCCUGUAUAUAUUGUCAGUAUAUUUAAAACUUCUCUUAGAUUUCAUGUAACAAAGUAUACAUGAGUACAGUGGUUCUGUAUAUAUCAGCGCACGCUGUAUGCCGUGGCACUAGUGUUGUUAUAUGGUUGAUAAAGAUUGUAAUUGUGUAGAUAUGAGAUGGUCUGCUCACAGUUUAAUCUUAUGACAUGUUGGUUUUGACAGUUGUUUUUAAUUAUUAUAGUGAAAACUAAUUGAAAUGUAUUGAGAUGAAUACUGACUAUAACAUGACCUUUUCAAUGGCCCUCCCCCUCCAUUCCACAAACACUAGAAUAUCUGUGAAUACCUCAUAGAAGAAAAAGAAGCCAAGGUUAUUGUCGAGAAGGUUCCACUCAUCUGGAGUUAAUAUGGAUCCAACAGAAACAGGGUCAUUGUAUACUUAGAUUCCUAAAUGUCUCUUUUCUCCAAUUUCACGUCCUGCCACCUAAUAAUGGUAAUUACAAUAUUCACCAUCUAGUCCUGGGGUAGGCAACCUUCGGCACUCCAGAUGUUGUGGACUACAUCCCCCAUAAUUAUUAUUAUUAUUAUUAUUGCCAUUUAUAUAGCGCCAACAGAUUCCGUAGUGCUUUACAAUAUUAUGAAAGGGGAUUUAACAAUAAAUAGGACAAUUACAAAUAAACUUACAGGAACAAUAGGUUGAAGAGUACCCUGCUCAAUCGAGCUUACAUUCUAUAGGAGGUGGGGUGUAAGACACAUUAGGAUAAUGCUGCCAAAGCAUCAUGGGAGGUAUAGUCCAAAACAUCUAGCAUAAGCUAGGUCUACUUUCAGUUAGAAAACAUGCGUAAGAUUGUAAUUGACCCCGAUCACUGUCAGCCGGGCUGAGAAUUGUGUUUUUUCAAUCUUCAUCUUGUGGAGUGCAAAACUCCUGUUAGUGGUACUGUAGGCUACUUUGUAGACUUUAGCUACCAGCAUUAUCAGCAAAUAUUUGAUAGCUGUAGUUUGUCAUAUCUAAAGUGCCUUUGGAGAUUAGGAGUUUUUGGUGAACAUAUUUUCAGGACCGGUUUUAAAAAUAAAUAAAUAAAACAACUGUUACACAUACUGUAUAUUAAAUCUAUGAAGGGCUAAAAAUACCUUUUCUUCUUCUUGUAUUUUUUUUUUUUCUUCUUUAAAAAUGGUUGGAUUGACCGCAUAAGAAGGCUCUCUUGACCUGACAACAAUUUUAUAUAUAUAUAUUUUUUCUUUAUAAACAUAUGAGAACUCAUUUUAAAUGCAUGUGUCCUGUAGGCAUUAUUAUAAACAACGAGAUAAUAAAACAGAGAUUGAUAAAAAUUGGAAUGAACCUUUAAAAGCCAUUGGGUAGGAUUGUGUGAGGUUUUUGAACUUUAACAAGGGAGAUUUCCAAUAAGGACUCUGUACACAUACCAUGGUGUUGUUUUUUCCAAGGGUGGAUUCACGUGGAUGCUGGAAUGAGGGUUCUAGAGUCAGUGUAAUCCCUCUAACAUUGAAGGAAUUUUGUGCUUUGGUAUCUGUAUUAUGAAGGUUUCCCAGCCAGUCCAUGGGAAAGGCAAAGGGAUGUUUUGAUCUAAAACAAGCUAUGGGGGGCAGUAGGAUGAUAAUACAUAUUACAGCCACUAAGAUUUAUAAACUAUGUUUGUGAGAGACAUACCCUAUCCCAGCAUUUUGGGAAGGAAAGGGCAUAGGGAGGGGAAAGCAGGAAUAAGCUCCCUAAGGUGUUAAAAAUUAUCUAAUAGUUACAAAUCUAGAACGUGCAAAUAUCUGUAUACUCUAUCAAGUGCAUAGCUUACAAAAUACCACUGUCUUACAUUUAAUAGAAGUGAUGCAAUUACAUUUAAAAAAAAAAUUUUUUUUUUUUUUAAAUGUCACUUAGUUUGUGCCACAGUCCAUCCCAUAAGCAAUAUUCGACGAGCAGUUUUGUCUUCAAAGAAUUCUCAUCCUCGUAAUUACCAGACACUGUUGUUUCGCUGCCAGCAAUAAAGUGUAUUGAUCGAUCAAAUCGAAAAAGAAAGUUGUUUUCUUCAUGUACAUAGAACAGCACUUUUUCUUCAAAUUGAUGUAAAUAGCCAUUAGUGUGAUGGUAUUAUCCAACGCCUUGUUAUUGAUAAUGCUGCAAGUCUAAUGCUGAUACACUUGAUGUUGGAAUGUACAAACAUUUGUAGCUGUUAGAUAAUUUUCAAGGGGAACUGUCCUUCUUGUCAAUCAAAAGAAGAGUAUCACUAGCUGCAACUCCGUUAAUGGAGCAUGCUAAACACCAUGCACUCUGUAGAGUGCUAUAGUAGUUAUGGUGCCAGAAGUCCUCUACCACUAUCCCAUAGUGAGGAAUCAAGCUGUUUUUAAGUGGUUUGACACUUACAUGGGUGCCUCUGGCAGCUGCAGUCCUUCUUGGUGUCUGUGCUAUCAUUAAAGUGAAAGUCCCCAUUAUAUUCUAUUAUGCAAUGGGAUGGCGCUUGGGACCUUUGCCACUAUCACCACUACAAAAUAUGUUGAUAGUUGUGACGAAAGCAACUUGGCCACUGGUUUUUGGCUGCCCCUUGAACUUUUAACUGGAACAGAUUCAAACCUGUGGCUCUGGCCAUCUGAAAUUGUCCGGCUGUGUUUUGUCGUCGAGUGUGUGGAACUGUUUUGGGCAUGGGACUAUGUGCACGGUGGGGCAAAAAUAAGACUUCCAGGAAAUUCCUGAACCGAUCUGGGUGAUUUGUGGACAUGUUGUUCACCCAGAUCGGGGCUAUCAGGGGAUGUGACUUUGUGGGGAUAUGUUGUAUUUUGGGGUACUUUUUGGGGUUUAUAAAAAUGUAUGUUUAGAGUUAAUUGAGUUAGCCCAUUGUCUUUGUUAAUUGUAUCACAGGCAGAGGGAAGGGAUUGUGAACACUGUAGGGGAGUGUCUGCAUGUAAGACUCUGUUUUUAUUGGUUUGUUAAUUCUGUGUCCUGUGCCCCACAAGGUUCACCUUGGCGUCAACCUUGUGGGGAAAAACUGUAUAAAAACUCAAGCUGUUCAAUAAACUUUCAGACCUUCUUACCCUCAACUCGCAGCCUUGUCUUGUGUUGUAGGGUACUGCUAUGUCAAACUGGGCAUUGCUAUACUCUGUAUACUCCCCUGGAUGCUAAUCACUAGCUCUUCUAAGAGCUGUUCCUGCUUCGCUCUCUGAAGGAAGAGAGGUUCACCCACUGGAGCCUGGAGACUUGUCGUAGGUCCAGGGUGGGUAGGAGACGGCGAGACCCCAACCAAGCUGCGGCGGUUCGUGGUGUCUGCAGUGCUUAUGGUGUCUGGUGCGAUGUUGAUGGUCCUUAGUAAGGACUAGGAACAUCGAUCGACGGAGGGUCCGUUACAAUAGUGUAUUACCAUAUAUGUUCUAGGAAGCUUGCCGGUCAUGUGGUGGAACAAUAUGAAAUAACUGAACAGGUCAUUUGCUAUACGCCAAGAAUUAUUAGUAUUGAUCAUUUUGUUUUGAAAGAAAUUCUUUAAGCUGACACUUUACAAAAAAAAAAAACAUAUCUAGUAGCAACUUCACUUCUCAACUGCCAAAGCCUGUAUAUCGAGAAUAGGUUGAUGUUCUGACCACUCUUCCCUGUGUGACAUUUUAAAAUGUGACCAUAUAGAUAAACGGCUAUAAUAAUAAUCACUAAUGUUUGUUUGUUUGUAAGAAUGACUUGCAAUCAGUGGAAAUGACAAGCUUUACUCCAACCAAUAACAGUGUUUUUGUAAAACUGGUUUUGGUUUCCAUAAAGUUUUCUGAGAUGGUCCGCUGCCCCUCAGACUUAAAUAAUAAAAAAAUUAAAAAACGUAUUGCCGUUUUAGUGCCAAGACCAAGUUCUUCCCGAAGCCUUAUCCUCUUUGGCUGACAUUACACACCUUCACCGAGGAGGCAUUUGGAUCCAGUGUGCUGUGUGUGCUGGCAUCAGACGCCAAUUUUGCUAUGGGGUUUGUCUCUGUACGUGCAGCCUUUUAGAGCAAAAUGCUGUACAUACACAGGUACCAUGACCACUUCAAAUCACUGAAAUGGUCAUAGUGCUUGGAGUAACCCUUUAUUCAAUUUCCUUUCCAUGGGGUAAAUCUUGCUUUAUAUCCUUUAUUUUUAUGAGGUAUGAUUAAUAUUUUGUUUUUAUGUUUGCAGGUAGUGCAGCAAUUUCUGUUGUGUUCCUGAAAGAAACUCUGCGGGCAUCCGAUGUAAUAGGUAAGCCAAGAUUCAAUAUAUAUGGCUGGUUAAUAGGUGAAAGAUGAACAUCAGGGAUA